AUGAGAUUUUCACCGAUAGUGCGUUUUCUUUCAUCGAAUGGAUUUUAUGUUCAUAUUAAAAAUAAAACUCCAAAUUGGCAACCAUUAUUAAGCCAAGGUGAAAAAAUAAUCGGUUAUCCAUCAUCGCUACAUUCGUUAGUUAAUCUCAAAUAUUUAUUCAAUGAAGAAGUGUCAACAUUAGUUGGUUAUUUAAGAAAAUUAGUUGGUACACAACAUCCAUUAUUGAAACUUGCUACAAAUAUGUUGGAUAGUCCACCGAAAACAGCACAUUCACGAUCAUUGUUAGUUUUAUUAAUAUCAAAAGCAGCUGGAAUUCCACAAAAAAAUUAUCAAGAAGAUAUGAUUAAACACGGCAUCCACGAACAUCAAAGACAACUAGCUGAAUUAAUUGAAAUGAUUCACUUGGGUAUUCUUGGUCAUCGAGGUAUUGUGGAUUUAAAAGAAAAUCAAAGUGAUUUAGAACAAGGAAAUAAAGUCGCAGUCUUAGGUGGAGAUUAUCUCUUGUCACAAGCGUGUGGUAAAUUAGCUGAAUUUCGAAAACCUCAAGUUGUAGAAACGAUUGGUCAUGCAAUUGCAGAUAUGUGUAAAGCAGAAUUUUUUCUAAAAGAUAAACAAUCACUUUCAUCGUUAACAGAAUGGUAUCAACUAACUGCACUUUCUGUCGCAAAUUUAGUUGCCUCUGGCUGUCGUGCUUCACUUCAAUUAGUCGAUCAUUCAACAUCAUUUCAAGAUCAAGCAUAUCACUUAUGUCGGCAUAUUAUAUUUUCAUGUAUAAUGUAUAAUGAAAUAUCUCAAUAUUCAUCAUCGAUUUCUCAUGAUCCAGCAUCUUUAACACUUUAUGGAACAGUGUCGAUGAACCGUUCAUUUCCUUAUUCACUCAUGAAUAAAUCUACAACUGAAAAUGUAGCAUUAGAACAAUUGAACAAUGAAGAACUACUUGAUCAUUGUCGUGACCAAUGUCUAGUAGAAAGUAAUAAAGCAUUAGAUUUACUUAAAGAAAACUUUGAUCAAAAAUCAUCCGCAACAAGUCUCAUACGUUCAAUUAUUCAACAAAUUCAAGAUGGUCUUUUUUCGAAAAAAGUUAUUUAA